AUGGAAGAUCAGCAAGAAGGAGAAAACAACAACAACAUGACUAAGAUAAAAAGAAAGGAGCUGGGAUUGUCUUGCAUGUUGAAUGCUGAGGUUGGAGCUGUUCUAGCUGUGAUUCGACGAAUACCUGAAGCAAACCCCCAAUUUCACCACCCUUCUGAAGAAAAUUAUGAUUCCACGAUACUCCAAUCUUUAAAAUCAUUAAGGUCACUCAUCUUCAAUACUGAGCAAGAAUGGCGGAAGAUUGAUCCGUCUCUCUACCUGUCACCUUUUCUUGAUGUAAUACAAAGCGAUGACAUUCCUGCAGCAGCAACGGGGGUGGCUCUUUCAUCCAUCCUGAAGAUCCUCAGGCUUGAUAUAUUUGAUGAGAAGACUCCUGGGGCUAAAGAUGUUAUGGAUGCAACUGUGACUGCAAUCACGGCUUGUCGCCUGGAGAAAACUGAUCCUGUUUCUGAGGAGGCUGUCAUGAUGAGAAUUUUGCACGUCUUGACUGCUGUUAUGAGGCAUAAAGCUUCUGUUUUGCUCACUGAUCAUGCAGUUUGUACUGUGGUCAAUACAUGCUUUCAGGUUGUCCAACAGUCGGCCCAUCGUGGCAACUUGCUUCAGCGCAGUGCAAGGUACACAAUGCAGGAACUGAUCCAAAUAAUAUAUUAUCGGUUGCCAGAUAUUGAGGUGAAUGAUUGGGAGAACUCUGAAUCAGAUACAGAAGAUAGCAAUUUGGAUUCGGGGUUUGGAAUUCGCUCGGCUGUGGAUAUCUUUCAAUUCUUAUGCUCUUUACUUAAUGUGGUUGAUAUUGCAGAGUCAGAGGUUUUGCAUGCUCAAACAACUGAUGGAGACGUUCAGCUUUUUGCCUUGGCUUUGAUCAAUUCUGCGAUAGAAUUGAGUGGUGACAGCAUAGGUAAGCACCCAAAGCUUUUGAGGAUGGUCCAAGAUGACUUAUUUCACCAUUUAAUAUACUACGGGACGUACUCAAGCCCACUAGUUUUGUCAAUGAUCUGCAGUACUGUUCUGAAUAUCUACCACUUCCUUCGCAGGUCCGUUCGUCCACAAUUAGAAGCUUUCUUCUCAUUUGUUUUGUUCAGAGCUGCAAAUCUUGGAAGCUCUCCCCAACUCCAAGAACUUGCAACUGAAGCAAUCGUGAAUUUCUGUCGGCAAUCUGCCUUCAUAAACGAAGUCUAUGUGAAUUAUGAUUGUGAUCCUAUUUUUGGGAAUGCGUUUGAAGAAAUAGGCAGGUUGCUUUGCAAGCAUGCAUUCCCAACUGGUGGCCCUUUGACAAGUUUACAGGUCCAAGCAUUUGAAGGCCUUGUACUUGUCAUUCAUAACAUUGCAGAGAACGUUGAUAAGGAAGAUGAUACAAGCCCUUCUGGACCAUAUCCAGUUGAAAUCACUGAGUAUACACCUUUCUGGGAGGAGAUUUCAAAAGAUGAUGGUCUAGAGGAUUGGGUGACUUUUGUUAGAGUAAGAAAGGCACAAAAGAAGAAGCUACUCAUUGCUGGAAAUCACUUCAAUCAAGAUGACAAGAAAGGGUUGGAGUAUCUGAAAAUUUCUCACUUAAUCCCUGAUCCUCCUGAUCCAAAAGCCUUCGCUUUGUUUUUCCGUUUCACCCCAAGACUUGACAAGACCUUGAUUGGGGAUUAUCUUGGUGAUCCUGAUGAAUUCCAUAUUCAAGUCCUCAAUGAAUUUACAAAUACAUUUGUAUUUACAGGUAUGAUAUUGGAUUCAGCUUUACGGAAUUAUUUGGAGACUUUCAGAUUACCGGGAGAGUCUCAGAAGAUUCACAGAAUACUUGAAGCAUUUUCAGAAAGAUUUUAUGAUCAGCAGUCCUCGGAACUUUUUGUGAGCAAGGAUGCCGUGUUUGUUCUUUGCUAUUCUCUCAUCAUGCUGAACACUGAUCAACACAACCCGCAAGUUAAGAAAAAGAUGACAGAAGAGGAAUUCAUCAGGAACAAUCGAGAAAUCAAUGGCGGAAGUGAUCUCCCUAGAGAAUAUUUAUCUGAGCUUUUUCAUUCUAUAUCAUCCAAAGCGAUCACACUCUUUGGUCAAUCAGGUACACCUGUAGAAAUGAAUCCGAGUAGAUGGAUUCAGCUAGUCAACCGAGCCAAACUCAUGAAGCCAUAUGUAUUGUGUAAUUUUGAUCGUCGAUUAGGAAGAGAUAUGUUUGCUGCUAUUGCUGGACCCUCAGUUGCAACUCUUGCAGCAAUUUUUGAGCAAACUGAAGAAGAGGAAAUUCUCCAUGAAUGCAUUGAGUUAUUGUUUGCAAUAGCUAGAAUAGCUCAAUAUGAAUUAGAAGACAAUCUUGAUGAGCUUAUUUGUUCGUUUUGCAAAUUCACUACCUUGCUCAAUCCUUAUGCAUCAGCAGAAGAAACCCUGUAUGCUUUCAGCAAUGAUAUGAAGCCAAGGAUGGCGACACUUGCAGUUUUCACUAUUGCAAACACUUUCAAAAAUUCCCUUCGAGGAAGUUGGAGAACUAUUGUUGAGUGCUUGUUGAAACUCAGAAGGCUUAAGUUACUUCCACAAUCUGUUGUCGAAUUUGAAAUUGCUUCAGAUGCAUCUAUUGGAACGAAGCAUGAUAAAAAUGAGUCAGCAGCAUCUAUUUCAACCCGUAAUACAAAAUUCAACCAUAUACGCCGUUCCUCUGGCUUAAUUGGUCGAUUUUCACACUUCUUAUCAUUGGAGAGCGUGGAAGAAUCUCUAAACCUUGGAGUCAGUGAAUUUGAACAGAAUCAAAACAUUAUCCAGCAAUGCCAUAUUGAAAACAUUUUCACCACCAGUUCAAGUUUACCCGAUGAAUCAUUACUGAAUCUUGGGCGUGCUCUUAUAUAUGCAUCAGCUGGGAAAGGCCAAAAGUUCAGCACUCCUGUUGAGGAGGAAGAAACUGUAGCAUUCUGCUGGGAUUUGAUUGUCAUCAUUUCUUGUGUUAAUAUGCACAGAUUCUCAACCUUUUGGCCUCACUACCAUGAUUAUCUGCUUGGAGUUGCCCAAUUUCCUCUGUUUUCACCAAUCCCAUUUGCAGAAAAGGCCAUUGUAGCUCAGAUGAAAAUCUGCCUCAAGAUCCUUUCUGCAUAUCAACUUGAUAAAGUCUCUGAGGAACUCAUCUUUAAAUCCAUAAAUCUAAUGUGGAAGUUGGAAAAAGAAAUUCUUGACACUUGCUCAGAGUUUCUAGUAAAGUCGGUGAGCAGAAUCCUGAACGAGUACCCUGCAAAUUUGCAGAGUAGCCUAGGAUGGAAGACUGUCCUGCAUUUGUUGUCAGUCACUGGACGUCAUCCUGAAACAUAUGAUCAAGGAGUUGAGUCACUUAUCAAUUUGAUGUCUGAUGGAAUGCACAUAUCGCGGACUAACUAUGCCUCCUGUAUUGAAUGUGCAUUUGGUUUUGUUGCACUCAAGAAUAGUCCAGUGGAAAAGAACAUAAAAAUUAUGGACCUCAUGUCUGAUUCAGUGAAAUUGUUGGUUCAGUGGUUUAGAAGUGGGUACUCAGAUCCGGGUAGCAAUGUUAGUACGGGAAGCAACGCAAGCACCUCUUCCACGGAAGACACUGCAAGAUCAGGCAGCUCUGCCAGCUUCAUCAUGAACUUAUUUGUCAAACUAGGUGAAGCCCUUCGAAGGACAUGCUUAGCCAGGAGAGAAGAAGUGAGAAACCAUGCGGUCAUUUCUCUUCAGAGAAGCUUCAUCCUGGCUGAGGAACUGUGUUUUACACCGGCAAACUGUAUUUACUGUUUUAACAGCUUGAUCUUUGCCAUGGUUGAUGAUAUACACGAGAAGAUGCUGGAAUAUUCAAGGAGGGAGAAUGCAGAAAGAGAAACUCGAAGCAUGGAAGGAAGUUUGAAGCGUGCAAUGGAGGUCUUAGUGGAAGUUUAUUCGCAGCUUUUGAAACCGAUAUCAGAAAGUCCUCAUUUUAGGCCUUUCUGGAUGGGACUGUUGCGAAGAAUGGAUACGUGCAUGAAGGCAGAUUUGGGAGGGUAUGGCAAAUCAGAUAUGCAAGAGGUAAUACCAGAUUUACUAAAAAGGAUUAUCUCAAUAAUGAAGGAAAACGAGUUGUUAAUUCCCAAAGAAGGUGAUGACCUGUGGGAGAUAACCUAUGUUCAGAUACAGUGGAUUGCUCCGUCACUCAAGGACGAACUAUUUCCUGGUGCACCGUAG